GCAAAUGAGGGCUGCCGGUGGAGCAGUGUGUUAUAGUAUUUUCAGAUCUGAGCUGUGGACAGUUAUGGCGACAUACCAUUGUUAACUGUUGAAUCAUUUUGGCGAGAUUUGGGGCUUCUGUGUUGAGGUCCGGCGACAUGGCAAGAUUUUUGGACUUCCCCAGAAAUAUAAACAUCGACAACUGUUCCCAAGUCGAUCAAGAGGAGGUGACCACAGACCUAUUCCCAUGACACUCGGAACUACAAGCAUCAUUCCUCCACUAACACCAGACUUUGCUGAUGAUGGAGGCAGCAGGAAUACGAAGCACUGACCCUCGUCUGAAGCAAUUCAUGGAACGCGUAUCAAAAGAAAAAGACCACGUGAACGAGAAAACAUUGGAGAAGGUAAUUGAUAAUGAUCUGCCUCUAAUCGCUUCUACGUUGAGAAAUCUUCUCGUUAUUCCCGAUUUUCGUUCCUUCUGCAAACAUCUGGAUCAAAUAUUCGAGGAAUGUUCGGACAUCACAUCUGGCAAUGUUGCGUCUUCCGUCCCGGAAUUGGCAAAAGUCAGCCCUAACUUCUGGGGUAUGAGCGUGUGCACUGUGGAUGGCCAGCGGUAUUCGAAAGGAGACUCUACUGAACCUUUUACGCUGCAGUCAUGCAGCAAACCUUUGACAUAUGGAUUGGCUAUGCAACAGUUGGGAAGUGAGACAGUUCAUACGUUUGUUGGGCAAGAGCCCAGCGGACGUAGAUUUAAUGCGUUGAUUCUUGAUGUGGAAGAUAAGCCUCAUAAUCCAAUGAUUAAUCCAGGAGGAAUGAUUGUGUGUGGUCUUCUGAAGUCCUUGGUAUAUGAAAACCACGCAAUUGAUGAUAUAUUGACAGAAAUAAUGACGUUAAUAAAGAAUCUUGCGGCAGAUGAAUAUGUUGACUUCAGUAAUGAAGUGUAUGAAUCUGAAAAGGCAACAGAAUUCCGAAAUUAUGCAAUAGCUUAUUUGAUGAUGGAGAAAAAAUGUUUCCCACCAUCCAUCACCGUGGACGAUGUUCUAACACUAUAUUAUAAAAGUGGCAGCAUUUUAGGAAAUUGUGAAACACUAUCAGUAAUAGCAGCAACAUUAGCGAAUGGAGGAGUUUGUCCACUGACCAAUCAAAUGGUACUGAGGCAAGAUGUAGUGGAAAACAUGCUGUCUUUAAUGCAAAGUUGUGGCAUGUAUGACUAUUCAGGGCAUUUCGCUUUCCAAAUCGGCUUACCUGCAAAGUCUAGUCUUAGUGGAGGAAUGAUGCUUGUAGUUCCGAGUGUCAUGGGAAUAGGUCUGUGGUCACCUCCUCUUGACCGACUUGGGAACAGUUGUCGAUGUUUAUAUUUCUGCGAGCGGCUGCUCGAUUUCUACUGCCUGCACCCGUACGCGCACUUGGGCCAUGCUAUCCCCGCGCGGGAGGACCCGACGCAGCGGCCAGGCCGGCACAAGGAGGAGCACGUCAUCCGAAUCCUGUGCGCCGCCGCCAGGGACGACGUGGAAGCGCUGGAGUGCUACUUUUUGCGUAACAUGGAUAUGAACGUGAGGGAUUACGACGGGCGCUCGGCGCUACACGUGGCAGCGUCCGAGGGUCACUUGGAGAGCGUCCGCUUCCUCAUCGAAGUCUGUCGCGUGGACGUAAACCCUCGAGACAAGCGUGGGCGCACUCCGCGCAAAGAUGCAGAAGACUUCGGAAACGUCAGAGUUGUAAAUAUGUUGAAGCUGUGUAUAUAUAAUAAAUCACAUUUUACUUUUCUUUUGAACAUUAUUGUUUUAUUAUAUGGGGGGAAGUGCAUAUCUCAUUUUCCCUGA